AUGAUAUCCAGAGCAGCGGCGCGUGCUGCGCAGGGCAUAGUGCUGAGCGCGGAGGUGCAGAGGGCGUUGAGGGAGGGAACAGCGGUGGUGGCGCUGGAGAGCACCAUCAUUAGUCACGGCAUGCCCUUCCCGCAGAACCUGGAAACGGCGCGCGCAGUCGAGGACGUCGUGCGCGGUCAGGGCGCCGUCCCGGCAACCAUCGCCAUCCUAGACGGAAUUCCCCACGUCGGCCUCACCGACGAGCAGCUGCACAGCCUUGCGUCCCAGGCGCAUAGGGUGAGGAAGACAUCGCGGCGGGACCUGCCCUACGUCAUGGCCAAGCGGCUGCAUGGUGCGACCACUGUCUCGGCCACCAUGCUGCUGGCUGCACGCGCAGGCAUCCACAUCUUCGUCACCGGAGGCAUCGGCGGAGUGCACAGGGGCGGGGAGAGCACAAUGGACGUGUCAGCCGACCUGACAGAGCUGGGGCGCACCCCCGUCGCGGUCGUGUGCGCAGGCGCCAAAUCCAUCCUCGACAUUCCCCGAACCCUCGAGUACCUCGAGACCCAGGGUGUGGGAGUGGCAGCCUACGGCGCGGACGAAUUCCCGGCAUUCUUCACGCGGCGCAGCGGCUGCCGGGCGCCCCUGCGCAUAGACACGCCAGAGGAGGGCGCCGCACUCAUCCGCGCAUCGCUGCAGCUCGACCUGCACAGCGGCAUGGUCAUCGGCGUCCCGGUGCCGGAGGCGGCGGCUGCGGCGGGGGAGCGAGUGGAGCGCGCGACGCAGGCGGCGCUGAAGGAGGCGGCCGGCCGCGGGCUGGCCGGCGCGGAGGUAACGCCGUUCCUACUGCAGCGCAUCCGCGAGCUAACGGGGGGCGCCUCCCUGGACGCCAACAUCGCCCUCAUCAAGCACAACGCCGCAGUGGGAUCCCAGAUUGCCGUCGCCCUGGCCUCUGCUGCCUGA